UUUUUCCUCCGCAUAAACUUGUCCUAACAUGGGUAAUCUGCAUAUGCACAUGAGGUUCAAAAGAUCGACCUGCUUCUGGGUCGUGAUCGUUUUGAUCUCCUUCCCGUGGCAAUCGCUGUCAUCGCCAGCCUCACCCGUUCCCGAAAUUGAUGCUAACGGGCGGCCGAAACCACGGAAUGUCCGGUGUCACCUACAUUUCUUCCCGAACUGUUUCUUGGUUUCGCACCCUUGUCCCUCGACCUGCCCGACGAGUUGUUUCAUGGAUUGCAACAUAUGCAAGCCCGUCUGCAGUUGCAAUUUCCCCGGUGCUGUGUGUCAAGACCCGCGGUUUGUGGGUGGAGAUGGCAACACGUUCUUCUUCCAUGGCCGGAGAGAUAGGGACUUCUGCUUGGUCUCCGACACCAACUUCCACAUCAACGCCCACUUCAUCGGCAAGCGAAACCCUAGCCUCAAGAGGGACUUCACUUGGGUCCAAUCCAUCGGCGUCGUCGUCGGCUCGCACAAGCUCCUCAUUGGCGUGAAGAGGGCCUCGACAUGGGAUGACAAGGUCGAUCACCUCAACGUCAUCCUCGACGGCGCGCCCGUCUCGCUCCCGGCCAAGGAAGGCUACAAGUGGCGGUCCCCAGCACCGGCCUCGCCGGCCUUGUCCAUCUCCCGGACUGGCGAGACCAACAGCCUUGUGCUCGAGGUGGAGGGGAACUUCAGGAUCACGAUGACGGUGGUCCCGAUAACGGCGGAGGAGUCGAGGGUCCACGGGUAUAACAUCACGGGCGACGACUGCUUCGCCCACCUGGAGCUAGGGUUCAAGUUCUACAACCUCACUGACUUUGUGGACGGAGUGCUCGGCCAGACUUACCGGAAGAGCUACGUGAGCAAGGCCAAGCCCGGGGCGGUGAUGCCGGUGAUGGGCGGUGCGAACAAGUACACGACCUCAAACAUAUUCGCGACCGAUUGCUUGGUGUCGCGGUUCGGCCGGCGUCUUCCGACUGCUAGCAACGUCCGCAAACACGAAAGCUUGGUCUGCAAGAGCGGGAUUGAGGGGUCGGGGUUGCUUUGUAGAAAGUGAAAGUGAAAAUAAUCAUUGAGAGGUUGCAAUAACUGUGAAUCUCUCAUGAAUAAAACAAUCACAAAUAAAGUUUCAACGCAUAUCAGCUUGU